UUUAAAGCCGACUUAACACGUUUCAGUUGCGACGCCCAAACUUUUGCUGCAAUGGGAAGUGCAAUCAGUGCAGUGGCAUUCCCAGCUCCACAGUUGGACAGACGAUUCUAUGAGGAAGAACUCCUGCCGAGGCCGGAUCUGGUCUGGUUGAAGACCAAGAAUGACGGACGAAUCCCUGCUUGCCAUGUGAGGGCGAGCCGAUCUACAACGGCGUUUUUGUCAACACCUCCGCCCACUAUCCUUUACAGUCACGGCAACGCCGAGGAUCUGGGCCUGCACGUGGACUACAUUGACGCACUUGCACACUUUACAGGCUCCGACGUCCUCAGCUAUGAGUAUGUGGGCUAUUCAACUUCACGCUUGGAGGGUAAAACUCCCUCGGAGGCUGGUUGCCUGCACAGCAUAGACGCAGCCUGGAAAUACUUGGUGGAGGAUCAAAAGAUCCACCCACGCAGAAUCGUGAUUUUUGGCCGCUCCAUUGGUUCCGGGCCCAGCGUCGAUCUAGCCUCCCGGGAGCGCGUUGAGGGAACAGAUCACUCUCCGCUGGAUGCGGCUGGAGUCAUUUUGCAAUCUCCCCUUGAAAGUGGUGCUCGUGCGGUGAUGGGCAACACUGUAUCCUUCAUUGGCUACUACUUAGACAUCUUCAGAAACUACGAGAAGAUUGGGAAGAUCAAGGCCCCAGUAGCCAUCAUGCAUGGAACAGCUGAUGAAGUGGUUCCAUGCCACAACGGAGAGGCCCUGCACAAACAGCUCCAAAACCCAUAUCCUCCGCCUUGUGCCUCAGUGCUCAGCUGUCCGUUGUGUGGGAGGCUUCUUCUUCACCUUCAAGGCUUUGGCUGCAGGGGUAUGGCCACAACAACAUGCCGCAGGACAAGUGUUUCGACUAUGUGAAAGAUUUCCUACGUUCCCUUGGCGAUGGUAAGUGAGAUUUUGUCAAGGUGCCUGAUAGAGGGCCAGCAGUACACUCUGGCCGUGUGAGGAUCCAUUUGCAUCAGUGGUUUGACGUGUGUGGAGUAGUCAAAAUCAACACGUCAGUGCUGUCGAUUGACACUUGUACCAUGGACUGCAUUGGGAAGC